GCGAAAAUGAAAAUAAAAGUAAAGCGGGGGGGGGCGGUGCCGGGCGCGAUAAUUCUCCGUCAUUUCUGCCCGAGGCGGAAUAGCCGGGUGGGCGAGGAGGGUCCGGAACCGGGUCCCUGCCCUGGGGUGGUGUCCGCGUUCCGCGAUGCUGCCGGCGGUGGUGGCCGUGGCCGUAGCUGUGGCCGUGGCCGUGGCUGUCCCUGCGCUGCGGCACCGCCUGGUCCGUUCUGCGCUGCGCCGCGCCGGGGGCCGGUACCGACGGCGUCUGGAGGCUCUGGGCAGCGACGUGCGGCUGAGCCAGGAGCGGCGGCUGCGGCGCCUGCUGGGCACCGGCACCGGGACGGCCGGCGGUGGGCGCGGGGCUGCGGCACGGGUGGCGGGAAGGGGUCGGUCCCAUGGUUGCCCUUCACAGCUUGUGCCUCUCCCGGCAGUCUCGGAAGAGUUCCAGGAGCGGCAUCCCCUGGGGCAGCCCUGUCGGGACGAAGCACCCGGGAAUGCGGUUCUCCCGCUGCGUCUCUGGGCUUUGCUCCCCGGCUGCUGGGACACCGACCCUCGGCUGCAGGGGGCCCUGCUCUACCUGGAUGCCCUCGGCGCCACCUUUCCACGGGCACUGGCCCGCCGGGGCACGGCCCUGCUGCACUGGACCCCUGGCUGUCCCCGCGCCCCGGCGGGGUGGCCGCUGCCCACCCUGUACUGCACCCCGGCCGCCGCGGGCACCCUGCCCUCGAGGGCCGCUGCGCUGCGGGUGCAGCUGCUCUUUGCCCUGCGGCAGCGUGCGCUGCAUGUGCUGGAGGCCGGGUUGGCAGCUGAGCUGCACGACGCGCUGGUGGCCCUGCACACUGAAUGGCCCCAGCUGGCCCAGGAGCUGGCGCUGGGCAGGCUGAGCCCCCAGCCCGGGCUGCCCGAGGGGGUGCGGGACCAGCUGCAGGCACUGCUGACCCCUGAUGCUGCCCGGGCAGCCGAGCUUCGCGCUGAGUGUGCCCGUGGCUUCGAGGGCAUCCUGUUGCGUCUGUGGCCGCAGCUGGAGGUGGUGGUGGUGAGGACGGCGCAUGGCGCGGAGCGGCUCUACUGCGACUCCCUCCGCCACGCUGACUGCCAGGGGCUGCCCUUCUACUGCCCCUUCUACCAGGCAGCAGGAGCCCUGCUUGGUGUAAACCUGUGGCCAGCAGAGCCAGCACCCCGAUUCCUGCUGUGCCCUGACUGGGCUUUCUGUGAGUUCCUGCCCUGCCUGGCCAGCAAGGAGCCACAUACAGUGCUGCUGGAUGAGCUCUGGGAGGGACGCGAGUAUGGGCUGGUUGUGACAGCUCAGCCAGGAGAGUACAGGUGCCGUACUGGGGAGGUGCUGAAGGUGACUGGCUUCCACAAGCAAUGUCCCAUGGUGGAACCUGUGCGCAGAGAGAGCCAGACGCUGAGUGUGCGAGGUGAGAACAUCCCUGAGGAACAGUUCUGCCAGAGCCUGUGCCGUACCCUGAGGACAUGGCCAGGUGCUCGCCUGAUUGACUAUGUCUGUGUGGAGAGCAGCCUGCUGGGUGAUUCUUCGGGGCCCUGUGCCCCCCACUAUGAGGUGUUCAUGGAGCUGCAGGGUCUGCGGGACCUGUCAGAGGGGCAGCGCUACAAGCUGGACCAGUGUCUCCAGGAGGAUUUCCCCAUCUACAAAUCCUUCCGCUUCAAGGGCAGCAUUGGGCCCCUGUGCCUGCACCUGGUGAGGCCUGCGACCUUCACCCAGCUGCGGGAAGCACUGGGCUCCCCCAGGCCCAUGCCCAGGGUCCUGCGUGAAGGGCAUCUGCUGCAGCUCAUCCAGGGAUCAGUCAUCUCGUAGGGCAGCCUAGGGGUCCUGCAUCCCUUCCACCCUGGGGCUCACUUGGUGUGCUCCCUCUGAGGAGGGGCCAUGUCCCUGGGGUGGGAGGGUGUGGGGACAAGGGUGCUCAGCCCCAAAGGUUUGGCUGAGUGGAGCAAAUGGAGACAGUGAGCUUGUGGAGUGCCAUGAUCCAUGGCAGCUGCAGACACUGGUGGGUACCAUCCAGUGCUGCUGUGGAGAUGGAGCAAGAGCUUGGGAGCAUCACAGGGCAGUGGGAUCCUGCAGCUGCAGGACCCCCUCACUCAAUGCCUUGGCAGCACCUGCAGCCACAGUGGAGUGGGUGCCUGUGCCUUUCCCAAGGGAUACAGUGUGCAUCACAACCCAUGGCUGAGGCAGAGGGCUCAAUGGAAACCUCUGCGUGAGCAAGAGGAGCAGAAGAGCCGUGGCUCAUCACUGAGCGCUGGGGCCCUGUGGCAUUUUGUCUCCUGGCAGGGACACUGCAGGCAGAGCUCAGGUGGCUGGUGGUGGCAGGUGCCACAGAGCAGCCCCAGCUGGGCUUCAGUGCACAUCCACUGAUUUAAGAAUAAGCACCAGUGAGGGCUGCUUUUAAUGUUUUAAAAACCAAAUGCAAAAUAA